AUGCAAACAUUUCCGAGCCACCACGACCCAAAGCAAGAGAUAUCUUCUGACAGAGUGUUGUUGACUGAAGGUUAUUGGAGGCAUGGCCGUUUCUACGGGUCAUGGAGACGAGACCUGUAUCUUUUCCCCAUCGAUCAAGAAGAGAUGAGGCGCUUGGAUAUAUUUCACAAGUUUUUUCUCUUAGCACGCAAAGGUUUUCCAUUUUCAUAUCCCAUCCACCACAGCCUCCCGGCGAGCAUCUUGGACCUCGGCACCGGCACUGGCAUCUGGGCCAUCUAUGUGGCGGAAGAAAUCCUUCCGGCGGCCCAUGUCACGGCGGUGGAUCUAAAUCGAGUCCAGCCCCCCCAGAUCCCACCGAACAUGGCCACAGUGCAAAUGAAUAUAGAAGAUAGCUCUUGGGCUCCGUUACCGACUGAUUUCGAUUUUGUACACAUGAGACUGCUUCUGGGCAGCAUACAAGGCAGCUUGUGGGAGGCUGUUUAUCGGAACGCUUUCAAACAUACGGCCCGUAAGAGGGGUAUCAUAGAACAGAAUGGUCUCAGCUAUUCCUUCAAGGGAUGGAUGGCUUUCAACGCAGCUAUAUCGAGUUCGACGAAACCAUCAUUCGAUGUUGUGUCAGCCCUUGAAGCCAUGAGCUUGGCUCCCUUGGUAGAGAAGCUUGGCAUGGAUGUGUCCCAAGUGAAAGACCUCUGCGCGCGAUUGCGGAGCGAGAUCUGCACACUACGAUAUCACGCAUAUUUGAACAUGCAUGUUUGGACGGCAAGAAAGCCAUAG